GAUAAAACUGCCACUUAGAGCCCCGCGGGAGUUAAGCCUUCCUAGGUUGGCCUGGGAAGCUAAGCAGUCAUGGGUUCUCUGGUCCUGCAGCUGAGUGCUGUCUUCUGCUUGGCGGCUCCCUGGGCUUCUGGAAGCCCCAUCAUGGGCCUUGAGCAGUCACCCCUGGAAGAAGACAUGCCCUUCUUUGAUGAUCUCUUCGCAGAGCAAGAUGGUAUUGACUUCAACACGCUGCUGCAGAGCAUGAAAGACGAGUUUCUCAAGACACUGAACCUGUCGGACAUCCCGCCACAGGACGCUGGCAAAGUGGACCCGCCGGAGUACAUGCUGGAGCUUUACAACAAAUUCGCCACCGACCGGACCUCCAUGCCAUCUGCUAACAUCAUCCGGAGCUUCAAGAAUGAAGAUCUGUUUUCUCAACCAGUGAGUUUUAACGGGCUCCGGAAAUACCCUCUCCUCUUCAAUGUGUCUAUCCCUCACCAUGAAGAGGUCAUCAUGGCUGAACUCCGGCUAUACACACUGGUGCAGAGAGAUCGUCUGGUGUAUGAUGGCGUGGACCGUAAAGUUACCGUUUUUGAAGUGCUCGAGAGUGUCGAGGGUCACGAGGACGAGAGGAGCAUGCUGGUCUUGGUCUCGACAGAGAUCUAUGGCAUUGACAGUGAGUGGGAGACGUUCGACGUCACGGACGCCGCCAGACGUUGGCAAAAGUCAGGCCCGUCGACUCAUCAGCUGGAGAUCCACAUCGAAAGCAGACAAAACCAAGCCGAGGAUAGCAGGAGGGGACAGCUGGAAAUAGAGCUCGGCGCCCAGAACAAGCAUGACCCCUUGCUUGUCGUCUUUUCUGAUGACCAAAGCAACGACAAACAGCAGCAGGAGGAACUGAGUGAAAUGAUCACCCAUGAACAGGACCCAGGCCUGGGCUUGGAUGAUUUUCCCAGCGGGCCUGGCGAGGAGGCCCUGCUGCAGAUGAGGUCUAACAUGAUCGAUGACUCCACGGCUCGAAUCCGGAGGAACGCCAAGGGAAACUACUGCAAGAAGACCCCGCUCUACAUCGACUUCAAGGAGAUCGGCUGGGACUCCUGGAUCAUCGCCCCGCCUGGCUACGAAGCCUACGAAUGCCGGGGCGUCUGUAACUACCCGCUGGCAGAGCACCUCACACCCACAAAACAUGCGAUCAUCCAGGCCUUGGUGCACCUCAAGAACUCCCAGAAAGCUUCCAAAGCCUGCUGUGUCCCCACAAAGCUGGAUCCCAUCUCUAUCCUCUAUUUAGAUAAAGGCGUGGUCACCUACAAGUUUAAAUACGAGGGAAUGGCCGUGUCUGAAUGUGGCUGCAGAUAGGAGAGAAGUCCCGCGGCUUAUUUAAUAACUGCAGAUGUGUAUAUUUUGUGUUCUAUUUAAGGAUUCUAUUUAAUGAAGGUGUACAGAUAAUAGAGGUUGCCCCUUUAGGGAAGCGGACAGGUCAGUGUGCUGCAGAAAAUGUGUAUUUUGCUAUACAAUCCAGUCCCUUCCAUUCAUCUGCUUUGGACUGUUAUUUCCCAGUGAUGCCAUCUCUAACAACAAAACACAGGCCCGUACCACUUACCCUCUAUGUCAGUUUGGGAGGAGCAACGCCCUACAGGAAACAGUGCCCACACACAGGUAUCUGUGUAUAUUCACGCAGGUGCACACGGGCUUACGAAAACCUUUUGGCUCAACAGAGGCAGACCGUACUCCUA